AUGGCCUAUUCCACGGCCUUCGCUGAUCUGACCAGUAUACAAAGCCCGAAUUGUGAGAGGGAAAAGUGUCACGGUAUGACUUUCCGCUUUAGCAAAGAGUUCCCUGUCGCCCCAGGGGACAUGGCGGGCUUGCCGCGCAAGUUCACGAGUUGCUUAAUUGUUGUCAUUGCCUUGUUGGUUGAGCAAACUGUACAUGACAGCAUCAUUUAUGAUCGAGUAUAG